UUGAUAAAAAUGGACUUUCAUUUUGUUCCGAUUGAUUGUUUUGCAUCAUCUACAACUACUUCUCUUGCUCAACAUAUUUUGCUUCGACUCGAAGCUCAAACAAAAAUAUCAAAUGGCAAACAAGUUUUGCAAGCUUUGGAAACCAAAAUUUCUAAAUGCAAAAUUCCCAUUUUAAUUCUGCUUGAUGAAGUUGACAACUUAGUUUCGCGCAAAGAUGAAAUAAUCUAUGACGCUUUUAAUUGGCCUAAUAAAUUUCCGGGACGUGUUAUUGUUAUAGGCAUUUCAAACUCUUUGGACCUUACAGAAAGACAACUAUCAAAAAUUAAAUUUUCUCAUCCUCCAAAAUCAAUUGUUUUUCCUCCUUAUACAAGUGAAAUGUUAAUUUCUAUUUUAACUUUAUAUCUUAAUGAUAUUGGAAACAAAUCGAGCAUUGAUACAAAAGCAAUAGAAUUAUGUGCAAGAAAGGUAGCUUCAAUGACUGGGGAUGUUAGAAGAGCUUUGGAUAUUGCCUCACAAAUGAUAGUUAAUUUUGAGUGA